CUGAACCCAAGGCACUUCUGGAGGUUGCCCAGAGUUCCGGUUUACAUUUUGUGUCUUUGUAUUAUCAUUAAAAGAGCUCCCGUUCACUGUCAAAAGCGUACCAGAUGAAGAUAAAUGACACUGUCUUCCUAGUUCUAGUCAUUUUGGUUUGAGAUAGCAAUGAGGCUGGAAGGGAAAAGGAGGCGAGCAGGAGAGGGGCGUUCUCGCUAAUGGGUCCCGCGCUCGACUUCCGGUAGCCCUAAGACACUUAUUUCGAAACAUGGCCACCUGCAAGGAACGGCAUGUGUCGUUUCAAUUAGAGCUGUGCUAACUGAAGUGAGAUUCGUUUUCUAACUUCUCUCAGGGAGACUGAGAAAUUAAGCAAUAAUACUUCCCGAAACCAUCAGGAAGAAAAAUGUCAGUGACACUGCAUACAGAUGUAGGUGAUAUUAAAAUAGAAGUCUUCUGUGAAAGGACACCCAAAACAUGUGAGAAUUUCUUGGCUCUUUGUGCCAGUAAUUACUACAAUGGAUGUAUAUUUCAUAGAAAUAUCAAGGGUUUCAUGGUUCAAACAGGAGAUCCAACAGGUACCGGAAGAGGAGGUAACAGUAUCUGGGGCAAGAAAUUUGAGGAUGAAUAUAGUGAAUAUCUUAAGCACAAUGUUAGAGGUGUUGUAUCUAUGGCUAAUAAUGGCCCAAACACCAAUGGAUCUCAGUUCUUCAUCACCUAUGGCAAGCAGCCACAUUUGGAUAUGAAAUACACAGUAUUUGGAAAGGUAAUAGAUGGUCUAGAGACUCUAGAUGAAUUGGAGAAGUUACCAGUAAAUGAGAAGACAUACCGACCUCUUAAUGAUGUACACAUUAAGGACAUAACUAUUCAUGCCAAUCCAUUUGCACAGUAGCUAUAAUAGAUCUGGAAGAAUAUUUGGCAGACUAUUCAGAGGAACACACCUAUUGUGGUUUACCCAGUUUUAAAUUAUGUCAAGAGACUGCAUCAUCCUUCUGCUUGUUUACAACUAAGAUCUUCUAUGAGUUGGUGGUACCAAAGGGCCCUACACAGCUUUUAUUCCUGUUAUUAGAGCAUAUUCCUUACUAAAACUAGCAUCUAAUGUAUUUAAUUUUUUUAAGCCCUUUUGUUUAAUUAUUACAUAUAAACAUUCAUUCUUAAAUGCUGAGCCUCGGGGCACCUGAGUGGCUCAAUCAGUUGAGUGUCCCACUUAUGCUUAGGUCAUGAUCUCGUGGUUGUGAGUCUGAGCCCCACGUCAGGUUUACUGCUGUCAGGUCGGAACCCACUUGGAACCUCUGUCCCUUUCUCUCUGCCCCUCCCCCACUCACACUCUCUCUCAUAAAGAAACAUUUAAAAAUAAUUUAAAAAGACACUGAGCAAAAAACAAAGAAAUUCUGAGCCUUAAAUUCAAGUAUUUUUGAGCACCCUAGUUACAUAUUCCUGCCAUAUCUAGUCCAUAUCCUGGAAGUAUCCUUGUCCAUUAAUUAUUCACUUUGCAUAGUUAGAAAGGACAAGAUACAGAGAUGGUCUAGAAAAACCAGCCAAUCCAUUUGCUAUUUUCUGGUCUUUAGAAUUACAGUAAAGGCACAGAGAAGUCCUAUAGUACAGCAGACACUCAAUUGCCCAAUUUGCCCAUGGAACAUUUUUUUUAAGGCCUAUCAUUUACAGUACUGUAGGACAGAAUUCUACAGGUGAUCAUUUUGAAAAUGCGAUUAGUUGGUUAUAAGCACCAGUUGUGGAGUCCUGGACUGUUUGAAUCACAGCUCUGCCCCCUACUAGUAACUUUAGGCAGGUUAACAUCUCCAAGUUUUCUCAUCCCUAAAUAAUAUUCUCUCAUAAAACUAUUGCGAGGAUUAAAUGAGAUAAUGUGUAUAAAACUUC